AUGGCCAGCCCUGCCAAGCGCAAAGCAGAAAAGCAAGCAACCCCGACGAAGGCGAAGAAACCAAAGACGAAGAUACCGGAAUAUCAUCUCACACCAUCGAGGCGGGAUGAGGAUGGAGAGAUUGUGUGGCCAGCACCAAAAGCGCAGAUAGAGCGGGCGAGAGAAAUCAUCAAAGAGUGUGCGAACACCCAUAAGCCCACACUUGUUCUUCCAGAUAAGGAUGCAGAUGGUCUAUCUUCCGGAGCCAUCCUUCACCAUACGCUUACAACUCUCGGUCUCUCACCAGACCUGAUAUCAGUAUACUUUCCACCAAAAGGAAGCAAUGUACAUGACGAAGACACACGCAGUGCCAUCGCUGAGAAGUCUCCGGCAUAUGUCUUCGUUCUGGAUCAGGGAAGCCGGAAGACUGGACCGCUUUACGACAGCCAGCAUACGGGGCUCAUCAUCGAUCAUCACUUUGCAGAAGAAGGUGGCUUUCCUGAAGGCGCAGAUUAUGUGACGGCUCAUGACUGUCCGCCGGUCGCAACAAGCGCGCUUCUAACCUACAACAUCUGUCUACCAUUACAUCCCGAUUUGGAAACCAAAAUUUCAUGGCUUGCAGCUCUAGGAACACACGGCGAUUUAGGCAACACCCUGAAGUGGCAACCACCAUUCCCCGAUAUGACAGCGACAUUCAAAAAGUAUCCGAAGAAGUCAAUCAACGACGCAGUUGGCCUCGUAAACGCGCCAAGGCGGUCAGCAGCAUACAAUGUCGACGCGGCAUGGGAUGCUGUGAUUUCCGUUGACGGACCACAGCCCUUACUUGGCAAUGGAAAACUUCGCGACGCACAGUUUGAAGUCAAGCAAGAAACGGAGCGGUGGUCACACGUGCCUCCAAAGUUCUCUCGCGACGCGACCAUUGCUGUGCUGACAAUCAAAUCGGCCGCCCAAGUACAUCCCGUCGUCGCUACACGUUGGGCUGGCUUUCUGAAGUCGGAUAAAUUAGAGAUUGUUAUGUGUGCGAACGAGGGCUAUCUUCCAGGCAAGGUCAAUUUCUCAUGCAGGAUUGCAAAGCACGCGCGAGCGCGAGAAGGUGACGCGAAGGUCGACAUCAUCAAGACGCUAGAAAGUAUUGUAGCAGACGAUCCAGACCUUCGAGCCCGGCUUGGCGAAAGCUUUGCUAGGGGUCACAAAGAGGCAUCUGGUGGUAUUAUCAACACCCAAGAGUGGGAAGAAUUCAAGAAGCUAAUGGGAGUCGGUGAGAACAUACGGAAGAAAACGGAAGCAGACACCGCCGAGAAGAAGAAACCCACACAGUCGAACACGUUGGCAAAUUAUUUCGUCAAAGCGUCAUAG